UCAUCUGUUCGUACAAGGACCAAUUUAGUCUACGGCAAAGAGUACUACUGAUUAAAGGUGAUAUAUCGACGAUUUGACGUCUAACAAGUAGCUAGCUCUGGUUAUGGCCUUUGCUUAAACAUUACCGAAAAGAACAUCCCAACUUCUUUUUCUUGGUUUGUCGGUAGAAUCCAAGAUGCUACUUGUACAAGUUUCAAACUCUGGUCGACAAAGAACAUGCAAACCUCAGACGAUGAAGACCUUGAUAUUUUGGAUUCUUGAAGCAUCCCUAAAACCAUUUUGAUCUAAUAUCAUCAGCAUAAUUGUUCUUCAACUAGAUCAUUAAAAGUUUACAGUACAUUACAAGAAGAAUGAAAGAGAAAUGUAGAUUUGAAGAGAGGAAGGAAAAAUCGAAGCUUGCGUAAGAAAAGUCUCGAUUGCCAACCGACCCGUUAGUUAAGGGUAUGUGAGGAGGCAUGUGGUGCAUGCAUUCAAACCCGCCCUUAUUAAACGGUCUAAAUGAAGGGCUUCUAAAGUCUCUUCUUUUUAACCUUUCACUCUUCUCUCCUUUUCCAAUUUUAGCAACCCAAAAACAAACUCAUCCUCUUUUCAUUCCCUCCCUUGCUUUUUUCUUGUUUUUUCUUUUCUUUUCUGUUUUCGCUUCUUUUGAACAAAUAAUCUUCUUCAAUCUUCUUCUUUUUGAUCAUUUGAGGCCUAUUGGAGGAUUCAAAAAGAGAUGGACAAGAAUGUGUUAGAUAAUUUAAUUGAUAGACUUUUGGAUGGAAGAAAAAAUAAAAGCAAAAGGGUUCAGUUAAAUGAAUCUGAAAUUCGUCAACUUUGUAUAGUUUCCAAAGAAGUAUUCUUAAGCCAACCUAUUCUUCUGGAAUUAGAAGCUCCUAUGAAUGUCUGUGGUGAUAUACAUGGCCAAUUCUCGGAUUUGUUACGGCUAUUUGAAUACGGUGGAUUCCCACCGGAGUCGAAUUACUUAUUCCUCGGAGACUAUGUAGACAGAGGAAAACAAAGCAUAGAAACAAUAUGCUUACUCUUAGCUUACAAAUGCAAAUUCCCAAAUAACUUUUUUCUUCUUCGCGGUAACCAUGAAUGCGCUUCCAUUAACAGAAUCUACGGAUUCUACGAUGAAUGUAAACGUCGGUUUAGUGUUCGUUUAUGGAAGAUUUUUACAGAUUGUUUCAACUGUUUGCCAGUUGCAGCAAUCAUUGACGAUAAGAUAUUAUGUAUGCAUGGUGGGCUGUCACCUGAAAUGGAAAGUAUGGAUCAGAUAAGAGCUAUUGAAAGACCAGUAGAUGUUCCAGAUCAAGGUCUAAUAUGUGAUCUCCUCUGGGCUGAUCCAGAUAGAGAUAUUAAAGGUUGGGGUGAGAACGAUAGAGGUGUUUCUUUUACUUUUGGAGCUGACAAAGUUGCUGAAUUCUUGAAGAAACAUGACCUUGAUCUCAUUUGCCGUGCCCACCAGGUUGUUGAAGAUGGCUACGAAUUCUUUGCCGACAGGCAGUUGGUUACAAUCUUUUCAGCACCAAACUACUGUGGAGAAUUCAACAAUGCAGGUGCACUGAUGAGUGUGGAUGCUAGUUUGCUGUGUUCCUUUCAAAUCCUAAAACCGUGGAAGGCAAAGACGCUUCAAAUGGAGUAAGGGUUUCUGCCAGUGAAGGAAAUUUCAUUCAGAGACAGAAGUGUCUUUCACAUCUCGGCGACAAAGCCCCUAGGUUUUGUUCUUUUUCUUCCCUUUUUUUUUUUUUUUGGUUUGUUGCGGAUCAGUAGUGUAUAUAAUUCCUAACAGUAAAGGAAGCUAAAGUAAGUGGUAAUUUGGUGAUUUGGAAAAGAAGAAAAGUUCAGCUGCUUUGUAACCCAAAUAAAUAAAAAAGGGCAUGUUGAAACAAACCAUAAAUUAGAAAGUAUAGCUAAGGUAAUCAUGAGAAAAUGAUUACA